AAAAACUCAAGACAUCCUACCCCUAUAAAACCUCGCUUCAACACUUCAAGCUCCUCCUCUCUGUUUUUUACAAACCCUAACCCUAGUCGCCUCCCACACAUUCUCCCUUUUCUACGCCGACACUUCAAAAAGACUAACUGAACUAUGGCCGGAAAGGGAGAAGGACCGGCGAUCGGAAUCGAUCUCGGAACCACUUACUCAUGCGUCGGCGUGUGGCAACACGACCGCGUUGAGAUCAUCGCUAAUGACCAAGGUAACAGAACGACGCCGUCGUAUGUCGCUUUCACUGAUUCCGAGCGUUUGAUUGGUGAUGCUGCUAAGAAUCAGGUCGCUAUGAAUCCUAUUAACACCGUGUUUGAUGCCAAGAGGUUGAUAGGCAGGAGAUUCUCUGAUGCCUCUGUGCAGAGUGAUAUUAAGCUAUGGCCAUUCAAAAUCACCCCUGGACCUGGCGAGAAACCCAUGAUCACAGUUGCCUACAAGGGUGAGGACAAGCAAUUUGCAGCUGAGGAGAUCUCUUCAAUGGUUCUUAUUAAGAUGCGUGAGAUUGCUGAGGCUUUCCUUGGUACAACAGUUAAGAAUGCUGUGGUUACAGUCCCCGCAUACUUCAAUGACUCUCAGCGUCAAGCUACCAAGGAUGCAGGUGUCAUUGCAGGUAUUAAUGUGUUGCGUAUCAUUAAUGAACCUACAGCUGCUGCCAUUGCUUAUGGUCUAGACAAAAAAGCAACCAGCGUCGGUGAGAAGAAUGUCUUGAUUUUUGAUCUUGGUGGUGGAACUUUUGAUGUGUCUCUCCUUACUAUUGAGGAGGGUAUCUUUGAGGUCAAGGCUACUGCUGGUGAUACCCAUCUCGGUGGUGAAGACUUUGACAACAGAAUGGUUAACCACUUUGUUCAGGAAUUUAAGAGGAAGAACAAGAAAGACAUUACUGGCAACCCAAGGGCUCUUAGAAGGUUGAGAACAUCUUGUGAGAGAGCGAAGAGGACCCUCUCAUCCACUGCUCAAACCACCAUUGAGAUUGAUUCUUUGUUUGAGGGCAUAGAUUUCUACUCUACCAUCACUAGAGCCAGAUUUGAGGAGCUUAACAUGGAUCUCUUCAGGAAGUGUAUGGAGCCUGUUGAGAAGUGUUUGAGGGACGCAAAGAUGGACAAAAGCACUAUCCAUGAUGUUGUUCUUGUUGGUGGAUCUACCAGGAUUCCAAAGGUUCAGCAGCUGUUGCAGGAUUUUUUCAAUGGAAAGGAGCUCUGCAAAAGUAUUAAUCCUGAUGAGGCUGUGGCUUAUGGGGCUGCUGUACAAGCAGCAAUCUUAAGUGGUGAAGGCAAUGAGAAGGUGCAGGAUCUUCUUCUAUUGGAUGUUACCCCUCUUUCCCUUGGUUUGGAAACAGCUGGAGGUGUCAUGACCGUCUUGAUUCAAAGAAACACAACUAUCCCUACCAAGAAAGAGCAGGUCUUUUCCACCUACUCCGACAACCAGCCUGGUGUGUUGAUUCAGGUUUAUGAAGGUGAGAGAACCAGGACCAGGGACAACAACUUACUGGGUAAGUUUGAGCUCUCUGGCAUUCCUCCGGCUCCAAGGGGUGUUCCUCAGAUCACUGUUUGCUUUGACAUUGAUGCCAAUGGUAUCCUAAAUGUGUCUGCUGAGGACAAGACUACUGGACAGAAGAACAAGAUCACCAUCACCAAUGACAAGGGUAGACUCUCCAAGGAGGAAAUUGAGAAGAUGGUCCAGGAAGCUGAGAAGUACAAGUCAGAGGAUGAAGAACACAAGAAGAAGGUUGAAGCAAAGAAUGCAUUGGAGAACUAUGCAUACAACAUGAGGAACACUGUGAAGGAUGAGAAGAUAGCUUCCAAGCUCUCCGCAGAUGACAAGACCAAGGUAGAGGAAGCCAUUGAGGGCAGUAUCCAGUGGCUGGAAAGCAACCAGCUUGCCGAGGCCGAUGAAUUUGAAGACAAAAUGAAGGAGUUGGAGAGCAUCUGCAACCCCAUCAUUGCAAAGAUGUACCAGGGUGCAGGAGGUGAAGGUGCUCCUAUGGAUGAUGAUGACAUCCCAUCAGGUGCUGGAGGCAGCGCUGGUCCCAAAAUUGAGGAAGUCGACUAAGUUAUGGGUUUUUACUUGUUUUAAGUCUUUGGUUGUUUUGGAUAAUCUGAAUUUUUAAUAUUCUGCACGUGAAUUCGUAGUUCCAAUGUGAACAAAAUAUUUUUUGCGUAUCAGCUGGUAUGUAUCAGUGUAACUUUAAUAUCCUUGUUUCCUGGUC